AUGGAAUCUGAAGAUGACAAAGAGCUAAGGAUUCGUGACGCUUUUCGAAUGAUUGAUAGGGAUGGAAACAACUUAAUUGAGCUGAAAGAAGUAGAAGCCUUCAUCUUCAACCAAGGAAUGAAUAUUCAACAAGAAGAGCUGCAAGAAUUUAUGGAAAAAAUCGACACCAAUAGAGAUGGGAAUAUACAAUAUGGAGAGUUUGAAAAAGCAAUGAAGGAAUUUUACGAAGAAGGUGCAGAGGAAAGGAUGCUGAAACAAGUGUUUGAUUCUAUAGACAGAGACCACGAUGGAUGUAUCCGGUCAAAUGAGUUGAAAUAUGCGCUGUAUUGCCUUGGCGAAGAAAUUCCUGACGCAGAUAUUGAAAACAUGAUCCAGUUUGCCACAAAUGGGAAUGAUUUUGUCACUUUUAGUGAGUUCGUGAAGAUGUCGAAAUAA